UUUCCUCCUCUUACUGUCAGAGAAAGGAACUGGUUUGGAGCAGCUGCGCCGUUGCAAGCAGAAGCUCCUUGGGUCGAUCGAACAUGGCGGCGCCGGCGAGGACGGUGAAGGACGUCUCCCCACACGAGUUUGUCAAGGCCUACGCCGCUCACCUCAAGCGCUCUGGAAAGGUCGAACUUCCCCAUUGGACUGACAUUGUGAAGACUGCUACAUUCAAAGAGCUUGCUCCUUAUGACCCUGAUUGGUACUAUAUUCGAGCUGCUUCUAUGGCAAGGAAAAUUUAUCUCAGGGGAGGCCUUGGUGUUGGAGCCUUCCGCAGGAUCUAUGGUGGGAGUAAGAGGAAUGGCAGUCGCCCACCACAUUUCUGUAAGAGCAGUGGUUCUAUAGCUCGCCACAUUUUGCAGCAAUUGCAGAACAUGAACAUCAUUGAUAUCGACCCGAGAGGGGGAAGGAAAAUCACACCCAGUGGCCAGCGUGAUCUUGACCAAGUUGCUGGAAGGAUUGUUGUUGCCCAGUAAGAGAGGAGAUCUGUUUUCGGAUCGGAUGCAAAGUUUACAGAACUUAGGAUUCGCUUCCGAUGGGGAGGAGUUUUGAUAGAGCAACUUUUUAGUCCUGUGCUUGCUUACUGUGUUUGAAGUGCUCGAACAAUUAUUUUGAAAUGGCUUUAGACGUAUUGAUAUCCUUUGAAUCCCUUUAAAAUUACAUUCUCAGCGAUCGAAUUUGCCACCUACUGUGUUACCUUGGUUGUGUUACCCAUUUCCUUCUUUUCUGGGAUGAUACUAUUCUGUUUGAAGGUGAAAAUAUUCUUGAUGGCUGA